GCAAAAAGCCCUCUUUGUCUGUGAAUCAUCGUCUUCAUUCCAUUCAUGUCCCAAUCCUCAAAGCCCACACCACUCUCUCUAGCAGAGGUCGCAUAGUUUCUCUUUCUCUCACCUCGAACACGAACAAAAACAAAAUCAAUUAACAAAAUCACCCUUUCUUCUUCAACUUCUAGAGAGAGAGAGAGAAAACACACAAAACAUAACCCCAAUUUUCCCAACUCUUAUAGAUUCCAUGGCUCGCAUUUCUUGCACAACGUUAGGUUUUAAGGCUAAUUCGACGUUGUUUUGUUGAACACAAAGAGAUACCCUGUUUAAUUUUUUUUUACAAAACCCUAGAAAGUGAUUCCGAGUUGGGACGUGUGUUGAAUUGUGCCCUAGUUUCCAAUUUCAGCGACUAUUUUAUGCGUUCAGGUUCUGUAUUAUAUGGGAAGUGAAGCUCUUAGGUAUUAAGGGCGGGAAUGCAUGGAUGUAACUCCGGAUCUGUUCAUGUUGUAAAUGCUGAGGUUGAUUCCAUGGGAGGUGUUGUGGACGGCGGAGUUGGUAUAGGUUUGAAAACCUCUCCGCGCCGUGCAGCAAUUGAGAAGGCUCAAGCAGAGCUCAGACAGGAGUAUGAUGUUCGUGAAGAAAGAAGAAGGGAGCUAGAAUUUCUGGAAAAAGGUGGGAACCCUCUAGACUUUAAGUUAGGGAAUGCUGCUUCUGUUAGUGUUCAGUCUACUUCGCUUACCGAUCAACAUCAAGAACAGUUUGUGACCAGUGAAGCCAAAGGUAGUUUUGUAUUGACUGCCUCCCCUCACGGGGACUCUGUUGACAGUAGUGCUAGACCAGGAGCUCCUUCUAUCAGUGAGCCAAAUACUGCUGAUAACCUCUUACUUUUUGAUGGUGAGAAUGAGUUGCCUGAAGGAGAAAAACGAUUUUUACAUUCAAAUAAGAGAAAUAAUAUUGUUCCAUCAGAACAGUCUUCUCAAAUUGGUGGGAGUCAAAAUGCUAAAGAGACUGAAGAUUCUGCUAUUGUCCGCCCAUAUGCACGGAGGAACAGAUCCAAAACAAAUCAUGGCCCUCGGGGGAGUUCAAGGGAUGGGAAAGGUUUGUUAUCGGAUACAAACAAACAAAAGGAUCACAAUGUGCCAUCUGUUUCUAAGCCAAAACAUAUUAGUUUAUGUUGUCGGAUAAUUGGUAAAGAUCCAACAACAAAUAAUCCAUUGGAUAAUGAAUUUGUGGACCUUCGUGCUCAUCAACCAAAUAGUGUUAGUGCCAGUGUUGCUGCAGACAAAUUAGAUAUUACGUCGAAUAGAAUCUUCAAAGAAGGACAACGUAUUGUAACUUCUCAGGAUGAUACUGUACAGAACCGACUUGUCUUGGCUUCUGGCAAAGCUAGUGCCGUUGGAGAAAGGAACAUGGGAGGUUCUGGUGUACUUGAGCCUUCACCAUGUGUAGCUGCUACACAACCAGGAGAUGAAUCUUGUCCUGGUCAGACAAAUGGUUUUGGCAACAUGAAAGUGGACAGGAAAGGUGCACCAACCGAAGACCAAAAUAGCAGUGUUGCAUUAGGCAUGAAGAGGUUUGAUCCGGAGUCCUGUUCUGCACAAACUAGUUUAGCUAGAGAUGUAAAUAAUGAUACUGAUAUCUGUACUAAUACAAAAUAUGCUGAUGCAAAUGGUAAUACUUUGGAACAACCAUUGUUUGAGAAGAAACCAAGUUCCACUGGUUAUGAAGCUAUAAAAGAAACAAGUAAGACCAACACUGGUGAAAGUGGGGCUACUGUUAACAAUGAACAUUCUGCUGGUUAUGUAAACCAUUCUGGUAGUGGUAGUAUGAUAAAACACGAGGAAGACAUCAAUAUAAAUAGUUCUUGCAUGCCAAACAAAUUGAAUGAUUCUUCCAGUAUUAGUGGACUGCAUAACAAUGACAGUACCAUAUUGAAGGCUGAUAAAAUGGAAAGUGUUGUCAUGGUGGAUAAUUCCAAUUCUGCCAAGGAAGACAGCGUUGAAAGGCUUCAAGUUUCUAAGGAUUUGUCAAUUUCAGCAACUCCUAAAACUACUGUGUCUGAAAAGCCUACUACUGCUGUGUCUAACUGUCAACCAUGUUCUCCGCACCAUGUGAAGUUAGCAGACAAGGCUCAUGAUGAUUCUAUUUUAGAUGAGGCUCGAAUUAUAGAGGUUAAGCGGAAGAGGAUUAUGGAGUUAUCUGUUCGCACAUUACCCUCACCGAUCCUCCGAAAGUCUCACUGGGAUUUUGUCUUAGAGGAAAUGGCAUGGUUGGCAAAUGAUUUUGCACAGGAGCGGCUUUGGAAGGCAGCUGCUGCUGCCCAACUCUGUCAUCAGGCAUCUUUUACUUCUCGGUUAAGAUUUGAAAAACAAAACAAGAAUCUGGAGAUGAAAAUUUUGUCUCACACCAUGGCAAAGGCUGUCAUGCAGUUUUGGAAUUCAGUUGAGCAACUUCUUGACAAAGAUGUUUCUGACCAUAAUUGUAUUGGUGGUUCAGUUGAAGAGAAAGUUGAUUCAAAUGAAGCUUUUAGGGACAAGCGGAAAAAUUCCCAAAUGGAAACAGGCAACUACCUGGAGGGACAAAAUCCCAGAAAUUUUUUGGCACUCAAAGUCCAUUCCUAUGCUUUGAGGUAUUUAAAGGAUAGUAGGUCUCAUGGAAUUUCCUCUCAAGCAGAAGCACCGACAACACCUGAUAAGAUAUCUGAUUCGGGAACUGUGGACAUGUCAUGGGAGGAGCAUCUUACAGAAGAAAGUCUUUUCUACACAGUUCCUCCCACUGCCAUGGAAACAUACAGAAAAUCCAUUGAAUCCCAUUUCCUACAGUUCGAGAAAACUGGUAGUAGCAUUCAAGAAGAAGUGGAAACAUCGAUAUAUGAUACUGCAGCAGUGUUUGCGGGUGAAGAGGUUGCAUAUGAUGAGGAUGAAGGAGAAACCAGCACUUAUUAUUUGCCUGGUACCUAUGAGGGUAGACGAUCAUCAAAAUCUGUACAGAAGAAGCACAAAAACAGAAUAAGGUCUUACACUCAUAGGUCCAGUGAAAUUGGAACUGAUUUGCCUUAUGUGCACUAUUCAACUGGAGCUCAUCCGUCCACACUAUUUGGAAAAAGGCCUGCUAAUUUAAACGUUGGUACUAUACCAACAAAACGCAUGCGUACAGCUUCUCGGCAAAGAGUUGUGAGUCCUUUUGCAGUGGUCACCGGGACAGUACAGGCUCAAGCUAAGACAGAUGCUGCUUCAAGUGGAGAUACCAAUUCCUUUCAGGAUGACCAGAGUACUUUACAUGUUGGAUCACAGUUCCAGAAAAGUAUGGAGGUGGAGUCGGUUGGAGAGUUUGAAAAGCAAUUACCAUAUGAUUGUGGUGAAACAUCGGUUAAAACAAAGAAAAAAAAACCCAAGACUCUGGGUUCUGCUUAUGAUCAGGCAUGGCAGUUGGAUUCUGUUGUUCUAAGUGAACAGAGAGAUCAUUCCAAGAAGAGAUUGGAUCACUUUGAAUCCAAUGGAAAUAGUGGUUUGUACGGGCAACAUAAUGUGAAGAAGCCGAAGAUGACAAAACAAUCACUUGAAACUUUCGACAAUAUUUCUCCGAUAAAUAAUUCUAUUCCCUCCCCAGCUGCUUCACAAAUGAGUAACAUGUCCAAUCCAAGUAAAUUUAUUAGAAUCAUUAGUGGACGUGAUAAGGGAAGGAAAGCCAAAGCACUUAAGAAUUCUGCUGGACAGCCUGGUCCUGGAAGUCCUUGGUCACUAUUUGAAGAUCAGGCUCUUGUUGUCUUGGUUCAUGAUAUGGGUCCGAACUGGGAGCUUGUAAGUGAUGCCAUCAACAGUACUUUACAAUUCAAGUGCAUCUUUCGGAAGCCAAAAGAAUGCAAGGAGCGUCACAAGAUUUUAAUGGACAAAAGUGCUGGGGAUGGUGCUGAUAGUGCUGAAGAUUCAGGGUCUUCUCAGUCAUACCCUUCUACAUUACCUGGAAUUCCAAAGCAGGGUAGUGCCAGGCAGUUGUUUCAACGUUUGCAAGGGCCGAUGGAGGAGGAUACACUGAAGUCUCAUUUUGAUAAAAUUAUCAAGAUUGGGCAGAAGCAACGUUACCACCGGAAUCAGAAUGAUAACCAGGAUUUAAAACAACUAGCACCAGUUCAUAAUUCACACGUGAUUGCUCUUUCACAAGUUUGCCCAAACAACUUGAAUGGAGGACUUUUGACGCCACUUGAUCUUUGUGAAACAAAUGCAACAAGCCCAGAUGUCCUAUCUCUUGGGUAUCAAGGUUCUCAUGCUGGUGGUUUACCAUUACCAAAUCACGGUUCUGUACCCUCAGCCCUUCCUUCAUCUGGGUUAAGCUCUUCUAACCCACCGCCUUCUGGUAUGAGUCUUGGAAAUAACUUGUCAUCUUCAUCUGGCCCAAUGGCAGCCUCUGUCAGAGAUAGUAGAUAUGGAGUUCCAAGAGGUGUGCCAUUAUCUGUUGAUGAACAGCAGAGAUUACAACAAUAUAAUCAGUUGAUAUCCGGGAGAAAUAUGCAGCAGUCUAGCAUAUCAGUUCCUGGAUCUCAUUCAGGAAGUGACCGUGGUGUUCGCAUGCUGUCUGGUGCGAAUGGUAUGGGCAUGAUGGGGGGGAUUAACAGAAGCAUUGCAAUGUCAAGGCCAGGGUUUCAAGGAAUGGCAUCAUCAUCUAUGCUUAGUUCUGGAGGAAUGCUCUCGUCUAGUAUGGUGGGGAUGCCAAGCCCUGUAAAUAUGCACUCUGGAAUUAGUGCUGGACAAGGAAACUCAAUGCUGAGGCCUCGUGAUACUGUACAUAUGAUGAGGCCUGGCCAUAAUCAAGGACAUCAAAGGCAAAUGAUGGUUCCAGAACUUCCAAUGCAGGUCACCCAAGGGAACAGCCAAGGCAUUCCUGCUUUUAGUGGGAUGAGUUCUGCUUUUAAUAGUCAGACAACUCCCCCCUCUGUUCAGCAAUACCCAGGACAUGCCCAGCAACAGUCUCAUGUCAGUAACCCCCAUCCCCAUCUUCAAGGUCCCAAUCAUGCUACAAAUUCACAACAAGCCUAUGCAAUCCGAUUGGCAAAGGAAAGGCAACUGCAGCAGCAGCGUUAUCUUCAGCAGCAGCAACAACAGCAACAGCUUGCUGCGACAAAUGCAUUGAUUCCUCAUGGUCAGACACAGACCCAACUUCCCAUAUCAUCACCUCAGCAAAAUAGUUCCCAGUCCCAAUCACAAAAUUCAUCUCAGCAAGUGUCUCUUUCCCCUGUAACACCGUCAUCUCCUUUGACUCUGAUAUCAUCUCAGCACCAACAGCAGAAACAUCAUCUACCACAACCUGGGUUCAGUAGGAAUCCUGGUUCUAGUGGGCUGGCUAGUCAAGCAGUCAAGCAACGGCAACGGCAGCCACAACAGCGGCAGUAUCAACAGCCUUCUAGACAGCAUCCUAAUCAGGCACAGCAUGCACAGCCUCAACAGCAAGCUAAACUUUUGAAGGCAAUAGGAAGAGGGAACACGUCGAUCCAUCAAAACAAUUCUGUGGAUCCUUCUCAUAUAAACGGAUUAUCUGUAGCUCCAGGAAGUCAAACUGUUGAGAAAGGGGAUCAAAUAAUGCAAAUGGUGCAAGGUCAAAGCUUAUAUCCUGGAUCUGGCUUAGAUCCAAAUCAACCAUCAAAGCCAUUGGGUCUUGCUCAUCCUUCCAAUCAUUCCCAGAUGCAGAAGAAGCUACAUUCUGGAUCAACCAGCACUUCAUCAAAGCAACUUCAGCCAAUGGUAUCUCCUUCUGACAGUAACAUCCAAGUUCAGGUUUCACCGGUAACUUCAGGUCAUAUAACAUCACCAACUCAGACUACUGUUGUUACUUCCAACCAUCAUCAACUGCAGAUACCAUCUCAGCCGCAGUCUAAUCAAACACAGUCAAAUGUUCAGAAAACAUUGCAACAAAAUUGUCUUGUGCAUUCUGAGUCUUUAACCAUGUCUCAAUCAGAUUCACUUAAAAUGGAUCAGCAACCUGGAAAUAGUGCUUCUCAAGUCAGUACAAGCAGUUCAAUGUCUCAGGGUUCUAUGGAUUCAGCUAGUGUGUCAACAGUUGCUCCUAAUGUAUCUUCUCAGCGGAAAACAUCAGAACCACCAUUUGAUUCUGCCAUGCCCAAUCCAGUUACUAAAGUGAGCUCUUUGGGGAGCACAACUGUUGGAAAUUCAGCUUCAAAUGAGCCACCGAUUGUUAAUCAAGGGAUGGGUCCACGACAAUUAUCGGCUAAUAUGCAUUCUCAUGCACAUAAUUCUGGUGCACAAUGGCAGCAUCAGUCUUUGCCUCUGAAACAACAGUCUUCAUUGGAACCAAACCUAUCUCAACCGUCAUGCCAACCACCGGAACAACAGGAGCAGGAGGUACAUUUUCCCAAAGAUGUGGCUUUACAACAUCAACCUCAGCAACAAGCACAGCAUUUACAACCAGGACAGAGCAGUUUGCUUAUCCAUCCACCUAACUCUAAAGUGGAAUGAUGACUUCUGAUGGAUGGAGCAGCUGUUAGUUUGCUCGGUUCUGUCAGGACUAGAAUUCGUAGGCCCUUUUGUCAGCACUGUACAGAUGAAGCUGGUCAUUCAUGUGGGCUUUGGGAUAUGGAGACGGACUUCCAUUGUUUACUGCAGGUCCUUUAAAAUGAUUAACAAAAUUUAUAUUGGUAGGCAUUGCAUGCUUUAUUCUUGUUUCAAAAGUCUUGUAUAUUACCACUGUUCUUAGAGGGUUUUCUCCCAUUUCUUUUUUUUGGAAAGAGACGAAGAUAGAUGUAUUUGUACAGGGUCGUCUCUUAUUUCCUUGUACUCUCCCCCCCUCUUUUUUGUCUUGUUCUCCAUGCCCUUGUGUAGAGCAACACUGUUAGAUUAGCUUAUGUAUUAUUACCCUGUUAGAUUAUUGGGAUAGCAAUAUUUUUUGAGCAAAAUCCAAUUCAAAGUUUUGUGAAUACAAUCUUUCUGAGAUAUGCACCAGGCGAUUGGGUGUUUAUUUUCUCGAUAA